GCAGAAAGUAGAUAUCUGGUUUAAAACGUACCUGAAAAAUCAGUAACAAAUUACUGUGAAAUAUUUUUACUUUUGCAAAAAAAAAAAAAAAAGGCACAGCCACACUACCGGUCUGAGUUUACUGCAAAGUAGAAUAAAUAACACACAGAAAAGCUGUUUGUACGUAUUAUUAAAAUUAAAAAAAAAAAACAUUUUAUUUAUCUAUUUAUUUUUACUGCAUUUUUUUCUUUUGCGUUCACCCUGGAGGCAUCGUGACGGCGGUCCAAACUCCGUGGUAGGUGGCGAUAACGGACCAGAACGUUUGUUGCCGGCCGUCGUUAAACGAAGAAGAAGGAAAAAGCAGCAGCAGCAGCAGCAGAAGAAGAAGGUCUCGAACGUGUUCCGGAAGUGGAGUGAAGUAAAGUGGACGCGCAACGCAUGUGGUCCAAUUGAACUGUGAAUACAACAGCCCUUUCAUUCUUUUGAGGCCACUUUUGGAGCCUGACAAGACACAGGGACACAUCUGCUACUGAGAAGACGCUCAUCAUUUCAAGCUGGCUUAGAACGCGAGCGUUUCACAAUGUCACAGGCCACUAAACGCAAGCACGUCGUCAAGGAGAUUCUUGGAGACGUUUUCGUGCCGACGGAGAAGCAGCAGAUUGUGAAGGUGACCGGUAGCCGUGGUAACAACCUCCAUGAAACUGUCACAGCUCAGGGCGAGAUGUUCCUGGUGAGCAUGCCCACAAAGUUCCGCAAGAAUAUUUGGAUCAAGAGAGGUGACUAUGUGAUCGUGGAUCCAAUUGAGGAGGGAGAGAAGGUGAAGGCAGAAAUCAGCUCCAUUCUUUACAAAGAUCACAUUGUGCACCUGCAAAAACAGAAUCUCUGGCCCCAAGGCUUUGUGAUUGAAACCAAGACAAACCAACAGCCAGACCAGGAAAACACCACCGAGGAGAAACACCAAGAGGAGGACAGCGCUGGCGACGGCGAAGACGAGGACGAUUUGUUUGUGAACACCAACCGCUCCACCUACCAGUACAGCGAGAGUGACGACGGAGAGGACAGCGACGCUGAGGACACAGAGUGAUAGUGGGGGGACACUGAGGCUGCCGACUCAUAUUGUGACAAUUCUCAGGCGUUAUAUUUAGUUUUUCCCCCCCCCCCCGCUGAUCCUACAGCUUCCUCGUUCCUUCCGGGCUUCACAUCACAGCCGCAUGGACGCUUUGAGGGCUGGCCUCAUUUUUGCACGUCAUUAAUUGUUGGGUGCACGGGCACCCACAUUUGAAUCUCAAGAAACAUGUUUUUUUUUUUUUUUUUUUUUUUUUUUAUAAAAUUAUAACAUUUCACUGAAAUUGACGACGAACAUUUCCACACGGUUUUCCAUCCAUUUUCUGUACCGCUUCUCCUCACUAGGGUCGCCGGCGUGCUGGAGCCUAUCCCAGCUAUCUUCGGGCGAGAGGCAGGGUGCACCCUGAACUGGUCGCCAGCCAAUCGCAGGGCACAUAUAGCCAAACCACCAUUCGUUUAUUUUGUGCUUAUAAACUUUGUCUGGAUCCUAAAUUGUAUCACGUUUAUCAUUUUAUGAAAGAGAAUUAUGUAAGUUGCAAUUUCAUAGCUUGCAGCUCCUUUAGUCCAACCCCAAUUCCAAUGAAGGGGGGACACUGUGUUAAACAUAAAUAAAAAAAAUACAAUGAUUUGCAAAUCA